AGUCCUUCCUUCUGAGAAGCAGUCAGUGUAAUGCGGCAGUGAAUCGGCGGUUGCAUUUUCGGUUAUCCACUGGUCUUGUCUGCACCGUGAAGUCGCGGGAGAGUUUGGACAAAAAUGGGGGAUAAAUAAAUAUAGUUCACUCAGGCCGUUUACCAUUUAAAAAAAUGAUCAGUUCAGGUCUCCUUAACAGGGUGGCUCUCCCAUAGACACCAAUGCGAUACCAGCUGGGUCUGGUCUGCUUUGUUCAUUGACUGAACCAGAAAAAACAGCGAAUGGAUUGAAAUCCUUCCUUAGUCAAACGUGAUUUACUAGCGUAUUGACGCCGAUAAAUAUAGAAACAAAUGGCUUUGAAUGGUGACCGUUAGGAUCGCGUGACAAGAAUGGAGGAUAAUUUGGAGAGCGUGCUCCAUUGCGAUGACAAGGAGAAGUUGAGGCGGAAACUGGCCCUACUACAGAGGGAGUACUCCAGGACAGUGCAGAGAUUACAGCGAGCUGAGCGUUCAGAUGCCGUGCGGAAGCAUGUGAGGAGCCGGAUUUCUGAGCAGAACCUCCAGGACCAGACAGACCCAGGCACAGCCAGCACCUCUCCCAACCCAGCUCUACCCUCCCUCUCCCUGGUUAGCCCUGCUAGGACAGCCCCAGGUUCGGCCUCACCACUAGGCCUCGCUGGAGAUUCGACUGUGGCGGCAUCGUGUCUGGUGGAAUCUGAGAACCCCAGGUGGAGGAGUCCGUCCGUCCGCUUCCUCCUCUCUGUCGAUGACUCUUGCCCUCGGACCCCUGACCUUAACCCUGACCCGGCAGGGGGUCACAGACGAAGCCCCUCCCUCCGGCUGAGGUCACGGAGAAGCCGGCAGCGCUGGGAGCGGAGGGGGAGGGCCCAGGGCGGCGAGGGGGGACGGGCAGGGUCGAGGUAUGACACGGAGACCAGCGAGGAUGGACUGGAGCCGGACGCACGGACAGAGAAAGAGGAGGAGGAGGGAGAGAAGGGAAAGGAGGAGGAGGAGAGGGAAACUCCAGAUAAAGAGGCAAUGAAGGAAAGGAGAGCUGGAGAGGAGAGAGAACAGAGGAAAUAUGGACAGAAGGAGAUAGAGAAGGAAGGGGCGAACCUGAGGAGAGAUGGAGAGAAAGAGAGAGAAGAGGGAGGUGAUUCAGGAGCUGUGGGCGCCUCAGAGUUAGGGGCCGUUGGGUUGUGUGACCUGUCGCUGUGUGACACUGGGGGUGCACUGGACUCGUGCACUCUGGUGGAAGGUCUGCCGUUCCCUGUAGAAUACUACAUCAGAACCACAAGACGCAUGGCCUCCUCACAGAGCCACAGAGACCUGCAGGCCGUCAUUCUGAACCAGCUCAACAGGGGGCGCCACAGAAGGAGCAGGGGCCGGACGUCCAACACACACACACUCUCAGACUCACUAGCACAACCCUCCAACUCACAGACCAAUCACACACCAGUCGAGGGGCCAUCAGCCAAUCAGAUGCUUACCUCGGAGUCGGGGACCAAUCAGAGUGAGUGUUUACCUUCCAGAGCCUGCAGUGUUCGGCCUGUCAGAGGCCGGAGGAGGAGAGGGAGAGGAAGGAGGCCGAGACUGGGCCGCUCUCUAAGUUUGGACUCGGAACCUCCAGCACCAGGCCCAGACAACACCCAGACCCCGGCCACUCUUACCCUAGCCUCACAGCCUCUCCCUGGCGGUGGAGGUCCGGAGCGCUGGCCUCUCUCUGGAGGUGUGGAGGAACAGCUUUAUCCCAUCUUCAGAAGGAGCUGUGGCUCUCCCCUCAUUCACACACCAAAGCAGCGCAAAGAGAGUGUGUGGUCUCUCCUCCUGCCCUCCUCCCACCCGCCCCAUCUCCCCUCCCUCUCCCCUGGAGGACCAGCAGUGCACCCUGGGAGUCUGGGCCGCGUCAUCUCAACCUUUGACCUCCAGGAUUUCCAUCUCCCCGACGACCAGUUCGGACGGCUAAAGCUCCAGAAGCUACGCGCCUCGUCUGCCGUUUCCGUCCCUGAACCGGAACCCUUCUCCCCUUACAACAUGCGUCGUCGCCACGGCAAAGACUCGGUCCACGGUCUCCACGGUGACACGGGCGGUCUGACGUCUAAAGCGCCUACGUCCGAGCCCAUCUCUCUCAGCCUCACCCCUCCUGUCACAGACUGUGUCGCUCCGGUAGAAUCAGUAGAACAGUCUAUAGACAGAUCAAUAGGCCAGCAUCUUACAGACCACCCUAUAGACCAGCAGUCUACAGACUCACUAGGCCUGUCUACAGACCUCCAUUCAGAGUACCAUUCAGUUUGCCAGUCUACAGACCACCCUGUAGACCAGCCUAUAAGCCAUGAGUCUACAGACCACCCUGUAGACCAGCCUAUAGGCCAUGAGUCUACAGACCACCCUGUAGACCAGCCUAUAGGCCAUCAGUCUACAGACCACCCUGUAGACCAGCCUAUAGGCCAUCAGUCUACAGACCACCCUGUAGACCAGCCUAUAGGCCAUCAGUCUACAGACCAUCAGCUUACCGUUUUAGUAGGCCAGUCUACAGACUUUCCUUCAGUAGACCAGCAGACAGGCCUACUCCCUGCUGAAGGCCCUUCCCUUCGCACUGAAACAGAGACCGAGUGCCCUACCGAGUGCCUUACCAAGUGCACUACGGAGUGUCCAUCCUUCCACACAAAGACAGAUCCUAAGUGCCCUUCUACGUGCCCUACGGAGUUCUCUAUCGACUGCCUUACCAAAUGUCCUGCCCUUCGGACGGAGACAGAUGCAGAGUGUGCUGUCCCCCCCAGCCCCUCCCUGCUCCUCCUUAGCCCCUCCCUAACCAGCCACACCCCUCACGGACACACCCUCUCCUUUCCCCUCUCCUCCAGCCCCCCCUUACCUUCCUUAGGGAUGACCCCUAACCUCUUGACCCCUAACCCCUUGAGCCCUAACCCUGACAUACCCCUCUCUCUCCCUGACAGCCCUCAAUUACCUUCUUUAGGGGCGGUGACCCUCCCCCUCUCCUGCGCUCCCUGCCCCCCCACUCUGACCCUCCCCCUCUCCUGCACUCCCUGCCCCCCCACUCUGCCCCUCCCCCUCUCCUGCGCUCCCUGCCCCCCCACUCUGCCCCUCCCCCUCUCCUGCGCUCCCUGCCCCCCCCACUCUGCCCCUCCCCCUCUCCUGCGCUCCCUGCCCCCCCCACUCUGA